AGUUUGUUCAACAUCAAGCCACAAAGCCUCGUUUCUAACCCGCCGUGUCCAUCUCUUACCAUAAUUACCAAUUACCCAAUCCACUUCGACGAGACGGCACGCAUUAUAUAUUUAUAUAUGUUGCCAAAUAUUACAUUAACAUGUCUGAACUGUCGGAAUCCAUAAAGGCUAUACAAGAAGCAUCCAAGGAAGAUCGCUUCACAUAUCUCACUAUCCUCCAAUACCAUGUUACCUCUCCGGAAAUCUUACCCGCCCUAAAUGAAGUCCUCCAAGAUGCCGAUCUCACGCAAGAAAUUGGUUGGGAUCUGGUGCAGAUGCUACUGAACAUCGAUGGCUCGGAAACAUGUCUCGAGACGGUGGCCCGCUUGGGAAACCCCCGCGAAGUCGUCAUCAAGGUUAUGGAGGCAUUAGAGGGUCUUACUGUCGCCUGGAAUGACGAAGUAGUCGUCGAUGUGGAGGAGCCCGGAGUCAUCCCGGACUCCAAAAUACCGGGGAAAUUCAUCACUCUACUUGGCAUGCUCGCGAUUCUUCACCAGCGUAUCAAGACAAAGUACCCCUCUCGAUUUCUGGGGCCAUCGCUAGUGAAGGUGUUCGAGGCCUAUCAGCCCACACCGGAGAUGACUGCCUCCGUAAUAAAUCUAGUCUAUUCGCUCUCAGGCCGUAAAAGGCCGCCUCUACCCUCUAGGAAAUCUAGCAUUAACGUGGCCAAUCCCGAUCAGGACGGAGAUGAUUCUAAGAAUGCGCCCGAUCCCGAGGCUGAGCAGGAGGAUCCGCAAGAGGAAGCCAUGCAACAAAAGCUACUGCAAGCUUUUGUCACGUGUAUCUUACAGCGAUAUGUAAAUGCAUACGACAUGCUAUGGUCACCUCGACUUCUCGAGGUAUACAGCCCGCAAAAGAACGUCCCAGGUAAGAAGACGACAAUUGAGGCUUUCAGGGAAAAUGAGGAGCUGCAAAAGCGGGACGCAGUAGUAGGCCAUCUUGUUGCCUUACUACGUGAUCUCGGUCUAAGUAAUUGCUCAAAACAGUUCGUAAAAAGCAUUUCCGAAGGUCCAGUACAUAGAGACCCCCUCGCAGCUUUCAACGACUUCUCCUCGGCGGACGAUAUACACUACUCCCCGGGUGGGUCCGUGUGCCUUAUCGCCUACUGGUUAUUCUCGAGGGACGUCUUCGGCUCAGAUAGCCCUUGGCCCGAGAUGCACAUAUUCCCGGACCACGCCUCGAUACUCGGGCGAUUUCUCGGCAGGGAAAUGCAGUCGGAGAUUCUUGCCAGUCCGGGAAUCGCCGAUGCUUUACUAGCUAUCGGACUCGGACUCGAACAUCGGAAACUAGUAAAAGCUGAAGAUUAUACGAAUUUAAUGGCCUAUCACCAUAAUUUGACCCUCAUCUCAGUAUUUCAUCCCGACAUUCAAGUCAGGAACGCCGCCACGUCCUUUGCCGGCAUUCUUCUCCACUCCGAGCCCGACGAUCAUAAUCGGUUAGAAAUCCUCGAGGAUCUAUUAGAAAACUGCAUGUUCGCGUCCCUCAAAGCAUGCGCCAUCACGUGGCUAAAAGAAGAGCUCAUCGCUGCCAGGCAAAGCAAGCGAUCCAAUCAGUUUUCUUCCCCUGACGUCAUUGAACGACUGCAAUAUUUCUUAUUCCCCGACAUGUUGUCUUUGAACGAAUCGAGCCCCGAGGCGCUGAUUGAGUUUUGGGCUCAAAACAACCUAUUCCUCCUACAAGUUGCCAACUUCGCCUACUUUCUAUUUACCGGCUUUAAGGAGCUCGUGCCGGCUGGUAUGGGAGCAGCGGUGGGGCAACGGUUUGUGGAGCCCUUGGUAGCCGCGGCGGAGAAGCUUCAAAAGGCGGAGGGAGUAGACGGCGAGAAUCAGAUGCAACUCAGCAUACUUACGGAUAGACUUCGUAGUCUCGGCCUGCAAUAGGCCUUGUGCGGUUUGGUAGUUUGGGGGAUAUUGGUGGGAUUAGCGGGUUGUUGGAAUCUUGCGUGAUGUGAGGGAUGCGUAUGAUUUCUAUUAAAUAGCCACGUCUUGAUGAGAUAAAUACUAGUCUUAGCUUAGAUUAGAUUCAAUGAUUACUUGAAGUUUUCGAUUGCGUACGCGAAAUUCAUUCUCAAA